AUGGCUAGCGCGGUGCCGGACCAGAAAGCCGGUGAGGUCGUGGCAGUGGCGGUGGCGGGGCCAAAUCCGUUCGAGUUCCAUGUGUACGGCCCCCGCAACCUGUCGUCCCCGAGCUGGAGGGAUAUCCUCCGCUCAAGCUGCUCAGUUGCACUUGCAUUCACUUUCACUUCUGAAAGACCCCAACUACAGGCAGAUUGCGAUCGCGUGCUUCAUCUAGGGGGUGUACCUGCUGGAGCUGGACCGGCAGGAGAAGCGGGACGAGCGCACGGGCCUAGCAACGCCCAGGCGCUCGUGGACGAGCGCGACGGCUCCAUAUACGGCGCCGUGCUCGAGUGGGACUGCCAGCCCGUGCUGUCCCGCUACGUCCCGUUCCGCCCCGCUGGCGCGCCGGCCGCCUUCGAGGUGCUCCGCGGCACACUGCUGAGGGUGCCCGCGGUGCGACGCGACGUCGAGGACGACCUCUGGUCUCUGGCUUGGGACAGCCUCAAGGGCUCCGUGCGCUUCGCCGGCGCGCUUGGCGCGUUGCGCACUGCGGCGCGCCGGCACGGCGCCGGCAACGUGUGA